UUAAUCCUAGGUUGGCUUAAUGAUUUUUGUUUCAAGGUUAGGUGGCUAUAAUGGAGAUGCUAGAGCAGGAGCUAGACCUUGAGCUCAGCCUCCUCCACCGCUCCCCCUCGCCUGAGCCGGAGGAACCAGCCGCCGGCUUCUUCGUCUGCACCUACUGCGACCGCAAGUUCUACAGCUCGCAGGCGCUCGGCGGACACCAGAACGGGCACAAGUACGAGCGCACCCUGGCCAAGCGCCGCCGUGAGAUCGCAGCCGCCAUGCGCGCGAACAAGGCGACCGCCGGCGAGGUCAACGCGGAGAGCAGGCCUGGAGGCGCCGCCGGUGUCGUUGGCGUUGUUGGAGCUGGGCCUGAGGCCGCCGCGAGGGCGAGGCCGCUGAUUGCGCCGCAAUCAGCUGCUCCGGUGCCUUGGCAGCCGGGGGACCUGCAGAUCAACGUCGAGCGCAACGACGAGCUGGACCUGACACUCAGGCUAUGAUUGGCUUCUCCUCCGAUCCAGCACAUUUCUAGGAGCUACCUGAUCUGUGUGGCCUCUCUUGCCUGUUUUUAGAAAUGAUUGCUUUAUCGUUCUGCUAUACUUUAGUUGAGUACUGUAUGUCUGAUGGAAUCGGUCUGCGCAACAAGAAGGGAUAUCUGUCGAUUUAUCCAGAGGGGUUCGAUCAGUUUGUUCUCUCUCAUGAUUUGUUCCCAAUUUAGCAUGAAUAUUCAAUUGAAAUACC